UGUCCAGCUGAAAGCACAUUCUGACCUGAACACAUCACAAGCUGACUUCUCCGUGAUCAUUCAAAUCACCGAUACUUUAAACACAGAAAAAUCCUUGGAGGAAUGAAUGCCAUUGACAACAUGACUGCUGACUAUAGCCAAGAUGACUACGACGAGACAUUAAACAACUCAAUGUGUGAUUUUGACGAGUGGGAACCGUCAUAUUCACUGAUUCCUGUGCUCUACAUGCUCAUCUUCAUCCUGGGCCUCACUGGGAAUGGUGUGGUCAUCUUCACUGUAUGGAGGUCCCAGUCCAAACGGAGAGCUGCGGACAUCUACAUUGGAAACCUGGCUCUUGCUGACCUGACCUUUGUGGUGACCCUGCCACUGUGGGCUGUGUACACCGCCCUGGGAUACCACUGGCCCUUUGGCGUGGCCCUCUGCAAGAUCAGCAGCUACGUGGUGUUGCUCAACAUGUACGCCAGUGUCUUCUGCCUCACCUGCCUGAGCCUGGACCGCUACAUGGCCAUCGUUCACUCCCUCACCAGCACUCAGCUGCGGACCAGAGGACACAUGCAGGCCUCGCUGGCCGCCAUCUGGAUCCUCUCAGGUGUGCUGGCUGCACCGACGCUUCUGUUUCGCUCCACGGUGUACGACGCCGAGACCAACCGCACCUCCUGCGCCAUGGACUUCAGCCUGGUGGUGAGCAAACCAGGCCAGGAGACCUUUUGGAUCGCCGGCCUCAGCAUCUCCUCCACUGCUCUCGGCUUUCUGAUCCCCCUUCUGGCCAUGAUGGUGUGCUACGGGUUCAUCGGCUGCACCGUCACACGUCACUUCAACAGCCUGCGCAAGGAGGACCAGCGCAAACGCCGUCUGCUCAAGAUCAUCACCACAUUGGUGGUGGUGUUUGCUGCCUGCUGGAUGCCCUUCCACGUCGUGAAGACCAUGGAUGCUCUUUCAUACCUGAACCUUGCUCCUGACUCCUGCACCUUCCUAAACCUCCUUCUUCUGGCUCAUCCCUAUGCAACCUGUCUGGCGUACGUCAACAGCUGCCUCAACCCGAUCCUCUACGCCUUCUUCGACCUCCGCUUCCGCUCCCAGUGCCUCUGCCUCCUCAACCUGAAGAAAGCCCUUCACGCCAGUCCCGCCAGCUCCCUUUCUUCACAGAAGACCGAGGCCCAGUCGCUGGCUACCAAGGUGUGAGGAGGUGGGUGGAAGGGUGAUGCAGACAAGUCAACAACUGUUACAUCCUUCACAAGAACUCAGUUGUUGUUGGGGACAAGCAGACUUUCCUUUUGUAUCUGACUGUGGGAACAUGAGGAACCAGCUUCCUUGUCCCGUUACUAAACAUUGGUACUCUGUGAACUGUAAAGAAGAACGUUCUGGUUAUGAAGAACUUGAUGCAGUCUGUUUGUACUGGAGACCACAAGCAGACCGGAGCAGACCCCCACUGACAGCUGUGCUCCAGACGUGUGGGACAGAGUUGGGGAGAACGAGCGAGGGCUUUUCUGCUUUUCUCUUAGUUGCCUCUGGAGCAUCAUAGACUUACAUGGAGCUGCAGGGUGGUGGGUGGUCCACAGAGGGGUUCGAGAGCAAUUAAUGGACUCUGUACUUCUGAAACUGUAUUAGUGCAUUUAACAGUGCUCUUUACCAUCUUGUUGUUUUUCGGUUGCUUGUUUAUUUUAUUUUUUUUGUCCUUUAAGCACUUGUUCAUAAGGGGCAGAGAUAAGAACGGUGGCCAGUCUGUCUUAUCUGAACCGUCAGGAUAGGGGAGGGAGGGGUGCCUUACUUGAGAAGAAGUGUUGCAGAUUGAUUAAAGACUUUUGGGGGGAGGUGGGUGAGACGAAAACAUGGAGGGGGGUGAACUCAGACAGACAGAUGGCAGUUGACAAAUGUUGUCGGGGAAAAGGGACGUCCAAUUAAUAGGUGGCAGCUUCGACAGAUGAGAUACAGUGCGUGUAAGUGUGAACUAAUGAAAUGUGUGCCAGUGAAUUUUUUAUGUGAAAAAAAAACUGCUGUAUGAUGCUUUUAUGCAGUACUCUAUGAAUAAAACAUGUACAAUGAA